CAACAGCAAGAAUCUAUGGACCCAACAAUCCAGGCUGGUGGCGGUGGUGUAAAUGUGUGGGGAAUGUUUUCUUGACACACUUUGGGCCUGUUAAUACCAAUCAAUUAUUGCUUGAAUGCCACAGCCUAUUUGAGUAUUGUUGCUGGCCAUGUGCAUCUUUUCAUGGCCACAAUGUACUCAUUUUUGAAUGGCUACUUCCAGCAUGAUAAUGCACCAUGUCACAAAGUCAUCUCAAACUGGUUCCAUGAAUAUGACAAUCAGUUUAGUGUUCUUCAGUGGCCUUCCCAAUGACCGUAUCUGAAUCCAAUAGAACAGGUUUGGGAUGUGGUAGAACAGGAGAUUCGCAGCAUGAAUGUGAAGCUGAGAAAUCAGAAGUGGAGUGAUGCAAUCAUGUCGACACGGAACAGAAUCUCAAAGUAGUUUUCAACAUUUUGCGGAAUUCAUGAUACAAAAAAUUGACGCUGCUUUGAGAGCAAAGGGAGGCCCUACCCAGUAUUAAUAUAGAGUUUCUAAUAAAGUGCUCACUGAGUGAUUUUUCCCUAUUCGUGUAUUCGCGUUCAGUUCACCAGUGCAACGGCAGCCUCCUCUAACUGGCUUCAUGCGCCAUUGAGCAGCUCCCGUAGGAACCGGUAAGCGGAGCUGUCUCUAGUACUAGUACGAUCUCGAUGGUCUCCAAAUCCUAGAUACUCUACGGUCACCUCCUGUGUUGUUUAUCAACCCUUCCGGGUACUGGUUUGGUUGUGUUGUCUGUAGAUAAGGAGAUACAGCAUGACUCCCAGCCGAACAUUAUAUUUUAGCGUUUAAAUUGCCGUUGAACACUGCAACAGUGUAAAACAGGAAGGGCUAUAAAAGGCAUACACCUGUCAGGUUUUCGGACAAUGUGUGAUUCUAUAGCUUUCCACUCGCAGCUAGCUGCCAUCAUUGAUGUUUUGGCAAAGUCUGCCGUUGCAGAAAUAUGCCAAAUCGUAGACGACGGUUACGCACUUCUGCGCUUGGAAGUCUCUCAAAGUCAGAAGCAGAAUGAGGCUUUGAGAAGGAGGUUGCGGUUGAUGGAGCAGAGGGUUUCUCGAGGGUUGAUCCAGGUUGAGCGAGUCGGAGUGCAAGAGGACUUCGUAAAUAAUCGCACUCGAGUCCAGAUUUUAGAAAGAUCCAAGAAAAUAACAGAGGAUUGUUUCCUAACUGAAGAGGGACCGCUUGGGAAAGAGGCGAAUAUCACACCGUGGAGGGAUGGAGAGCUGGCAGCCGAGCACGAGGAACGCUCUCUUGAGCAGCCUAACGUCACGAGUCCGGUACAGCCAGUCGAGGUUGAGUUGCCGAAGCCCAAACUAUCCUUUAUUAAAGAGGAGAAACCUGAAGAGGAUACGAGUAACGUCUUCCCUCCAGGAGCUGUGGAGUGGAGGGCAGGCAGCAGGGAAAAGCGUCCCGUUCAGGAAACGCAGAAUAAAGCAGCGAAUCACACAGAGGAGCUCACUGAGCAGCACAGGACCAGACGCGGUGUUUGGGAGGUCAGUGGACUGGAAUCUGCUCUCAAAGCAGAGGGACAGAGCGAGUGUGUGGAGACGCUCCAACACAGGGGAGCUGAACACAGGGCAGGAGGACUCAACAGUCUGGACUCUGAGUUUGUCAUGUUUGAAAGGCCAGGCCAACUGGGGUCUUACUGGACACAUGAAAAUGUGGAAGUUGGGGGUGAAAAUCCAUCAGAAAUGAACUCCGAGCCCCAGCUGGCUCACAUAACCAAGGGCGCAGUGGGGAAAAGCCUGUCCUCUUCAGCAUCGCAACAAGAGAAACCAGAAGCUGUAACAGUGGACUCUGUACCAGUCAAAAUGGAGGACACAGUGCAGACUCAGUCCCUCUGGACCAUGGAGUCUCACUCAGGAGUGUUUGAGACCCAGCGGAGAGGCAGCGUGUGUGCACCAUAUACAGCAGUGACCGUCAGAGAGAACCUGGCACUGCCACACCCCGAUCAGCCAGACCCGAAUGCAUGUGUGUCCUAUGGAAAUAAUCUUUUCCCAUCGGAAGGUCCAAUGGCCGUCGGAGCAACAGGAGCCAGAAAGGAAAGGCACGUGUGUAAAUAUUGUGGGAAGACUUGCAGUCGAGCCAGCGAUCUGAAAGUGCACCAGAGGGUUCACACAGGAGAGAAACCGUUCAGUUGCACACUGUGUGGAAAAAGGUUCAGUCAGUCGUGUAGCCUUAAAAAACAUGAAAUUGUCCACACUGGAGAAAAGCCAUUCGGCUGUCUUCAGUGUGGAAAGCAGUUUUCUGAUUCAAGCAAUCUUAGGAAACACAGGAGUAUUCACACAGGCGAGAGACCGUUCAGCUGCUCACUGUGUGGGAAGAGUUUCAAGCAGUCAUGUUAUCUGAAAAGUCAUAUGAGGAUCCACACUGGGGAGAAAUCACUGAGCUGUGCCUAUUGUGGGAACUUAUUUGCUUCAAAGUACAGUCUUAAAUUACAUCAGCUGAAAAAUCAUAUGGCUCCAUAUUCUGUACAGUGAGACUCUAGAACUGUAUAUUUUUUAAUAUAAAUAUUUAAUUCAGGAAAGAAGUACUGGCCUCUUACUGAUGUUAAAUGCCCAAAUGUUAUUCCAGUUCACAAAAAAUACAUAUUUGUCUGCAAUUUCCCUUGUAUGUAGUUUGUGCAUAAUCAGCAGAUUUUCUUUGGUUGGUAUAUUUAAAGGAAGACUGCGUCUAAAAUGGAAUUUCUCUUUGCCUGAGCACAGUGUACAUUGAAACCGUCUGUCCCUACAUCUGUGGUGACUGGACAGUCACAAUUUUAACACUCAAAUCCCAGAGUUCCAUUCUAAACAAAGCUGUCACUAGGAGUCACAUGGUUAUUAUUUUAGAAGAGAAUAGAAAUGUUGGGGGGGAGAUUGUUACCAUUAUUUUAAUUAAGAGAAUCAUUUUAUGUUAUUGUACCCUUGCUUUGUCUUUUUUGCUUGUUGUAAGCCAUUAGUGUUAUAUUAACCCCCAGAAUUACUGACUGUAAAGUACACUACAUUUGGAUAAAGAAAAAUGUUCCGUUAACUUUCUCAUCCAGUGUACUCCGGUCAACCAGCUACCAACUGUUUCAAAACCUAGUAUGAGCUUCUUCUUUUUUUUCUCUCCCAGCAACUUGUGCACCAUAAUGCACAAGGACAAGGAUUUUUAUUUUUCAUUUAAAAAAACGGGUGAAAAUCAAUGCAAAUUUCCAGGAUAAAUAUUUAAUUUUAGUUUUAAACACUGUCCUUUAUUUGAACUGUAGACUUG